GAUCGCUGCAUGCCGUAUGCCGCAUGCCGAUGUCUCGAUACUAACUACACCUGGGCUACACACAUGAGGGAUAAGAGUUACCGCUUAGAUGACACACGAAUGAAAGGGACUACAUUUUUUAACGGUUGACGUUUUGGAAAAGCAAAUUUGUUAUUGUUUGUAAAUGGGUCGUGUCCGAUGGUUUAUUGGGCGGCAGAUGUGUGUCUACUACGGCGUGACUGUACGAUGUCUCUCUUCACGUCAACCCCGUUCCAUGCGGUCGUCAUGUAGUGGUGCAAGAGAUGAAGCCUCUCUGAAAAACACUGUAGGUGGUCAUAUUGAUGUCAUGCACAAAAAGUUUCAGAGCUUCUGGAAUGGCGGCGUGUGUCUGGCAAUAUGCAGCAUCGUUUCCGGACAUUACUACCACCGGCCGGUGGGCCAGCGAGAGCUCCGGCAGCAGACUGUCACCCCCAACUCCACCAUGGGACGGAUGUCCGGGCACCUGGACAUUUGUCGGGAGGUGGUCCGAAUUCACUAGGUGUUUUGGCCGUAUCUGAUCACACGUAUCCGGCAGAAAAACCUCUCGGGGACGCCACUGGGCAAGGCAGUUUUCUUCAGUGUAGCAUGAGCGGGUUGAUACCGGUAGACGCUGGGUACACAUUGGAAUAUCUCCGAUUUCUCCUUACAAGCUCGUGUUCCAGGAUGUCACCCUUCUUCUUUUUGGACAGACGUUCAAUCAUGGUGAAAGGUAGAGAAAUAAGGCCACCCUCCGAACUGUGCCCUGACGGGGCAUCGCCGAUAACCCCAGCUGCACGACGUACAUCCGAUACCACGAACUAUGGCGUCGUGGUAAGAUCAUAUGUAUAUCCUGAAGAGCUUUCAGGAGCUUGUUUGGUUAGGGUUACAACGUGGCCGGCUGAUGUGAAGUGCGACUGGCAAUCGAUGUCAACAGACCCUGAUAUUGAUCUCCCGAGGAACGCUCAUGAUCCUGUAGAAGGACACUCCGUGGACUCGCCCAAAUUUGAGGAAGGGCACACAAAGGCAACUGAUGCAUUGCCAACAGCAGGUGGUAAUCAAGUUGUUGGAAUUUCGCAUAACAGACUUCCAAUGGAGCAGGACGUGGAUGUGGUCGUGUGUCACGAGGCCGUAACGACAGGUGCAACCGGAGACUUCUUCCGUCUGCUGGACCUCACGGAACAUCAGGUGGAGUGCUGGAAAGGAGACGUCUACGAAUUUCGAGAAGGCGGAGAACCCGAUUUUUCACACAGCGUUUUCGUCUGUCGCGUGUACACGGACACAGCCACUACCAAGGAGGCGUACAACGGGUGCUUGCUAGUACAUGUUUGUGCUCGCUCAUCCUUGAGCCAAAGAACGAGUUUGUCGGAUCUUCGGCAGGCAGCAGCUCGUAUGACGAAGUGCCUGCUCAAAGUUCGCGAAACUCUUCGACCGUGCGUGAAGCUGAAAAGGCGCCACUCUCUAAGCAUAGGCGAAUCAAGUCUUGCCAAGUCACCUGGAGUCUUCCCCAUUCCGGGAGACGGCCGUAGAAUGUAA